UGAAUUUAGCUUAAAACGAUCGGAUCGCCAUCAAAACAGGUAGAUACUUUGUGAAAAUGCACUCAAUGGCCAGUCGAAAACAGGUAACCGACGAGUGAGUACGCGUAAAGUUUGGUUUAUAGAUGUGUUAGUUUAAAUAACAAAAGGUGUAUCUCAAGGUAAUCUGGAAGUUUUGUGAUAUUUUGUGUGCGAGAUAUAGUCUUUGUGACUGUGUGUAACUUGUUGGUGUCGACUAUAAAAAAAAUAAGAAACAUUUACUUGGAUAACACUAAAAAAGUAAAUAAAAAGAAUAACGACAUUUUUGCAUUUUGUCUUUAUGCAGUUUAUAAAAUGAUGCGCCUGAGAAAAUCUGCAAAAAUGACAAAAUCAACGACAACGAUAGCCGCCGCCAUGCCGUUGUUGGUCAUCGUCCUCAUCGCCAUUCAGUUGCACAACCCUGUUAUGGGUCAAUCGAAUUACGCUUCUCAUGCCAACAAUGUUGAAUAUCAAGGCGAAGGACUGCCAGAGGAAGCGACUCUCGAUGGAAAGGUGACUAAGCUUGAUGAUCUAAGUCCAAUUAUUUUCCUAAAUCGCACCAAAGCGGCAUUAAAUUGUGCAGCUGGAUCAAUGCAGGUUGGUCUAAAAUUCAAUGAACCAUUUUUUGGCAUUGCUUAUGCUGAUUUUGAUAGAAAUAGUGCCUGUCAGGUACUUGGAAAGGGUGAACUUAGCUAUAAUUUAGAACUGCCAUUAAAAGGAUGUGGAACUAAACAGGAACCACAACGUGUCUUCACAAACAACAUUGUUGUACGUUUUCAUCCAGGUCUUGAAAUGGACGGUGAUGAAAUAAUAACCAUUGUAUGUCGCUAUCCACCACCAGUUCCAUCAAUUCCACCGGGUCUUCCAGCACCAAUCUUAAAUGAACUUGUAACUGGAGCAAUUGUUGAGCCUCCUUUAAAGGGCAUUCAAAUUCUUAUGAUUAUCUGUGGAAUUAUGUUCCUUACAUUGUUACUUCUUGGUUUGGCUGUAUCAUAUUACUGCCUUCGUCGUACACCUAUUCCAAUUGUCCGACGACUUCCAAUGUCCAUGGGAAGUGGUUCCGAAAUCACAAAACUUAGCGACAGCAGUCUUGGAAAUCUAUCGAACUUUGAAGUUUUGAAAAUCCCAAGAGCUCAUGCUGCACUUGCUGCCGUCCAUAGUUCGUCAGGAAGUGAAGGUGUACUCAUUCCAUCUGACUAUCCUAGUGAAUCACAUUCAGAAAUUGAAGAAAUUGAUACAAGGUCCUUGCCAUUCAGCUCAGCUGGAAGCUUUGAAAAUCGUGCCUUUGUUCAAGAAACUUCAAGCAUUUACAGCGAAAACUACGGUCACACUCAAGAAUUCCAAACUUCUAAUGCUGUAGCCAGUACUGUUCCCCGACUUCCCAUCGCUGCCAAGGAAUCUUCACCUAAAUUUGACGUUCAAGUUCGAGUGAAAAAGUCCCCACCACCACCUCCAUCACCACAAACAUCCGAUACAGAAAGUGUUGCAACUUUACGCCAUGAACGCAACAAUCUCUCCACCAUCAUGGAAACCCAUGAAGACCGUGAAAGUGUAAUAACAAUGGACUCUCUGCCCCAAGACAAUGCUCAAAGCCAAUUCACCUAUGUUCCUGAACUGCAUUCUGCCCCGAAAGCUGAACUACCACCACAACCGGUAUUUUCAGUUUACACCAGAACUCAUCACGAGCUCAAUCCACGUCAAGAGACUUGGUCAGAAGACUACACUGAUGGACAAGCUGCAAGUGAAACAAGAAGUAUCAUUUCCAUGGAUUCAGAAGUCAAUGAUAUGCAUUCUGUUGGUGAAUUAGUAGACACAUCACAUUACUUCGAAACUCAAUACCUUCCUGAACCGCCAAUUGUUGUUAAGAAACCUCAAAUUUCAUCGCACACUGUUGAUGAUGUCUUUUUGCGAACUAUCACUGAGAAGAAGACUAUUGAAGAUAUUGAAAGCCAUAAGCGAAGAAUCACCGAAUAUAAGCCUAGACCAGUGCCAGAUCCAACCUGGGAUGUUACCAUUCGAAAUUACCCCAGUGAAAGGCAACAACAACAAUGGGAGAACUUCUCUGAUAUCUCAAGUGCUUCUGGAAUGACUCUGACUCCGAAGAUGGAACGUUCUACUUUAAGUAUUCCACCGCCACAACAUAUCGAAGAGAUUGGCAAACAAUUGACAUCACCCCAACUUGUCGGCAAUAUGAAACCAAUUGAAAUUCCGCCAGAGGACAAGGCCGUUCCCAAUUGGGAUGUACUUAUUCGAGUUUUGGAAGAACCACAGGAAAACAUGCCCGAUGUUAUUGACGAUGCCAGUUCGAUUCAAUCAAGUGUGCAUCCGCAUACAUUAGUCCGACAUAUCAGUUAUGAUGACAAAGCAAAAUGGAAAGAAAUUAUUACCACAGAAUCGUCCUUGAGAACAAUGUUAACUGAAGCUGUAAUUAGAGAAGAUUUUGAACGAAUUCGUCAAGAUACCCGUUAUGAGAGAAUCUUUGAACCCCAAACUUGGGAUGUGAUUGUAAGAAUUCUAGCACCACCAGUUGAUGAUAGUAGUGAUGAACCAGCAGCUGUAAGGCGUUCAAAGAAGAAGGAAGCAUGGGAUACCCGUUCACGACGCAGUUCAUUGCCAACUUUGUACGAAUAUGAUAGUGAUGGAGGUUCAAGUGUGCGUACAAUUAGAAAUGAUCCAAUUCAACCUUCAUCUUCGACAAAUUCUUAUCAACCCAGUGGAAGAUCUCGUCGUAAUUCAAGGUCUUCAUAUCGUUCGGAUAAUAUUGAUUUCCGUUCAAUGUCAGAGAUGACAGUUGAUUUCGCUCGGCCUGAUCAUUUGGAUAAUAUGUCAGAUGCAAGUUCAUUCUAUCCAAAUCAAUAUUUUGGUGAUGAAGAGUCAUUUGAUAGACGAUCAUUUAAUCGUUCGAUAAGCCAUCCCAGUUUGGCACGUUCGGCUAGUGAAUUUACCGAACAUUGGGCUGCUCCGGAUAAUUCGGAUAUGUCGUCACCGGAAACAACUCCGAAAUCGAGGAGAUCUCAACGAAUGGUGACCACAUUCCAAAGCAAAGGUCCAGCACCACCACCGCCACCACGUGCUGGACGAACUGUAACUGAGACUCAAACCCAAUAUGUUGAGUCACAUACAAGUACAUUCCACACAGAAAACGAAGCACGCCCACGAGAUUGGUAGAGAAAAUCUCUAAAUAUACACACACACGGAUAUAAUUAUAAAACAUAUCCGAGUAAAGAACCGAAAUUUAACACAUAAUACUACAAAUAAAUAUAAUCGUUGGAUUAUUUUGACAUUAUCACUGCUAAAACAAAAAUAGUCAAAUUAAGAUUUAUGUUGUAAUUAAAAUUGAAAUUAAAAAAAAAAUGCAGGACUGGCGGAAAUUGUUUAUGGUGUUCAAAUCAAAAUAGUGCCAAUUUAUCUAGGUGUGAAUUAAAUAAAGAAAAAGGUGAUAAUUAACUUUUUUUUUUGUGAAUUCACUAUAAUUUAUUAGUACACCUUAUUCAAUUUAAAACAAAUUUGAUCUAGAUAUACUCUUUCAUUAAAUUAUAAACGUUUUUAGAAUAUUUGUAAUUGGUCUUCUAGGAACACUGUGAUAUUUUUUUUGAAAUAUCUGUUUAAACAAGAAAACCCUAAUAAGUAAAUAGUGAAGCAAAAA